GAAAGUGUACUGGGAAAAUGAGAAAGGAAAUGAAGAGUUAAAAGGGAUGAUAUGAUCCUUGGCCAGACCCUUGGUCUGGGGGAAAAUCCGUUACGGUCCAAUAACAUUUUGUUUAAGUAGAUGAAGUUUGAGAUCCCAGACGCUUACUAAAUGAAUGAAGCCACAAGAUUCCACAGGUUUUGACAAGUAAAACUAAGGUGGUAUCUUAUGAAGAGCUGAAGCAGAUGAUUGCGAAUCAUAAUAUCCAACUUUAUGAUGUGCGACAGCCAGAGGAGGUGGCUGAGGGCAAGAUUCCCACUUCAGUCAACAUUCCCUUAGGUCAGGUUGAGACUGCCCUUAAGAUGGAGGCUGGGACAUUUCAGGAGACAUAUAAGUUGCAGAAGCCGAAAAAGGAAGAUGCUAACAUUGUUUUUCAAUGUCACUCUGGUGUAAGAAGCUCUACUGCCUUAGAAACAGCUUGGAAUCUGGGAUAUUCUAAAGCUCGUCACUAUAAAGGAGGCUACAUUGAAUGGGUAGAACGUGAAGGACAUUGCAAAAGACCAUGAAUUUCCCACCACCAAGAUUUUUACACAGUGAAAUACUGUGGCAGGUCUAUGAGUUCUGAUCCAGUUGC